AUGGCAGUCACCGACGGAGCGCCCCUCCAGCUUUCCGAGCCCGCCGCCGCCGCCGCCGCCGGGACGUCCUCCGGGCCCCGCGCGGCCCCGGCGAAGCGGCGCGCACAGGCCGCCAAAAGGAAACGCCAAGCGCCCAACGGGGCUCCCGCAGCCAAACGGGGCACCGCGGCGUCCUCCCUGCCCGCCAGGAAAGCCGCCGCCAAGCCAGCGGCGCGGGGCCUGAAGGGGAAGGCUCAGGCGCAGAAGGUGUUUUCUCGGAAGAAGGCUGUGGCUGGUGCGGGGGAGAAAAGCCAGGAGCAGAAGCCGGGCGUGAAGACUUCGUCCUUGUUUAAAAACAACCCCGAGAUCCCCGAGCUCCCCAGACCUGAGGUGAAGCAGGUGCAAGAAAAGGUGUUUUCUUCGGACGCUUUUCAAGAGCUGGACCUCCACCCACAUCUGAUUUCUACACUGAAUACAGUCUUGAACAUAUAUCAUAUGACCAGCGUCCAGAAGCAAAGCAUUCCCGCGCUGCUGGAAGGCAGAGAUGCGCUCGUGAGGUCCCAGACGGGCUCAGGUAAAACUCUUGCCUACUGCAUCCCUGUGGUCCAGUCUCUUCAGGCAAUGAAAACAAAGAUACAGCGUGGCGACGGCCCCUACGCGCUGGUGCUGGUGCCGACGAGAGAGCUGGCGCUACAAAGCUUUGACACUUUCCAGAAACUGCUCAAGCCUUUCACCUGGAUUGUGCCGGGAGUGCUGAUGGGAGGAGAGAAGAGGAAGUCCGAGAAGGCCAGGCUCCGCAAAGGAAUCAAUAUCCUUAUCUCCACUCCGGGGCGCCUGGUGGACCAUAUAAAAUCCACAAAGAACAUCCACUUCAACCGCCUCCGCUGGCUGGUGCUGGAUGAAGCCGACAGAAUCUUGGACCUGGGCUUUGAAAAGACCAUCACAGUGAUACUCAACGCGAUCAACGCGGAGUGCCAGGAGCGCCAGAACGUCUUGCUGUCGGCCACUCUCACGGAUGCUGUGACACGGCUCGCUGACAUCAGUCUGCACAACCCAGUCAGCAUUUCUGUGGUGGACAGAGACCUCCGUGAGCUUUACCUGACCGAUGAGUCUUCUGACGACUCUGACUCACUAAGUGACGACAGCGACUUUGACGAUGAUGACGACGACGACGACGACGAUGAUGACGACGACGAUGAUGAUGAAGAUGAAGAAGAACUGGAAAGCUUUGCGAUUCCUGAGGGUCUGGAGCAGUACGUGGUGGUGGUUCCCAGCAAGCUGCGGCUGGUCUGCCUGGCGGCCUUCAUCCUGCAGAAGUGCAAGUUUGAAACAGACCAGAAGCUGAUUGUCUUUUUCUCGAGUUGCGAGCUGGUGGAGUUCCACUACCACCUCUUCUUCCAGACCCUGCUGGGCCUCGCGGCGACAGGGCAGUCACCAUCUGGCGGCCCGCGAUUAGCAUUCCUGCGGCUGCAUGGCAACAUGGACCAGGAGGAGAGAACUGCAGUGUUCCGCGAGUUUGCGCAGCCCGGCCCCGGCGUCCUCUUUUGCACGGAUGUUGCAGCUCGAGGCUUAGAUCUCCCUCAAGUCACAUGGAUUGUUCAGUACAACGCUCCAUCUUCAGCCUCCGAGUACAUUCACCGCAUCGGGAGAACCGCCCGCAUUGGCUGCCGCGGGAGCAGCCUGCUCUUCUUGGCUCCUUCGGAGGCAGAAUAUGUCAGCUCGCUGGCUUCUCACAAAAUCAACACUUCGGAGAUGAAGAUGGAGGAUAUCCUGGCUGUCCUGACAAGGGAUGAUUCUUUCCAAGCCAGACGCAGUGGUGGCCAGCAACCCCAGGCUGCUGGCUCCCAGGAAACCCAAGAGCGAGCCACGGUCUUGCAGACGUUGUUCGAGGAUUACGUGCACUCCUGCGAGGGGACGGUCGCCUGGGCCAAGAGAGCCCUGCAGUCCUUCAUCCGGGCCUACGCCACCUACCCCCGCUCGCUGAAGCACAUCUUCCACAUCCGAUUGCUCCACCUGGGCCAUUUGGCUAAGAGCUUCGGGCUGAGAGACGCCCCCCAGAACCUUGAUGGCCCACCUGAGAAGAAGAAAGUGAAUAUGAAAAGGCCGGACCUGGGGAGGAAGGCCCAGCAGCAGCGCCUGGCCGAGGCCUUGCUCUCGGAGUACGCCAGUGGGCUGGAGGCUGGCGGUGCCAAGGCGAGAAAGCAGAGCAGACAGGCCGAGCCAGACGGCGAGCCGGACGAGCCAAGCAGCGCCGACAGCUCCAGCGACGACUGA